UUGAUAUUUAGAGCAAUGAGCUCAACAGCAACAGCAACGAGCAUAGUAGUGAUAAUACACGGAAAACAUAGCUUUGGUAAAACUUUCAAGUAUUCUGAGAUGUCAUAACGUUCGCGUACCUUGAAUCAGGCGGUUGUUAUUGCGAUUUGAAAUAAUUUUAAAUGAAAUUUUGAAACAGAAAAACGAAACGAAAAAGAAUUCGCAAAAUAAAAGAAAAAAAAAACAAGUGAUAAAAGCUACUCAUUAUGUUGUCGUGCAAUGCUACCUCGAAUUCCGGCAAUAGCCUCAGAAUGUCGUCGUCGACGACCGCUAACAGUGCCACAAUUAACCCAUCAAAAAAUACCACAGCCGGCCAACAGCAGCAAACAACGCCUAAAGAGGUGUCAGAGAUACGUCUCAAUUUGGCCAACGAUUGGAAAGUCUUAAGUUCCAUCCAUCAAAUGUUGGUGGAUGAGAAGGCAUUCUGUGCCGAUCCCCAGGAAUGGCAUGAGAAAAUUGUGGACUUUGUGCAGCCGGACGAAUUGAAGAAAUUAAUUGACCUGAAAAUUGAGGAGAAUCAAAAUUACACCCUGGAAGAAAUUCAAAAGAUUUGCCAGCAGGUAAUUCGCUAUUCGGUGAAAACGAGUCAUGGACGUUUUCACAAUCAAUUGUUUGGACAAAUGGAUCCGUAUGGCCUGGCUGGCAGUUGGAUAACCGAGGCCCUCAACACAAGUGCGUAUACAUUUGAAGUGGCGCCGGUCUUUAGUUUGAUCGAAACUGAAAUUGUGCGCAAGGUAUGCGAGCUGUGCGGUUACGGUCAAGGUGAUGGUAUCUUCUCGCCCGGCGGAUCAAUAUCAAAUAUGUAUGGCGUGGUUUUGGCCCGCUACAGACAAUUUCCAGAAAUCAAAUCGAAGGGCAUGUUUGGUAUACCUCCUUUGGUCAUUUUCACCUCGGAGGAGUCGCAUUACAGUUUUAAGAAAGCUGCCCAUUGGUUGGGCUUUGGUGUGGAGAACUGUGUUAUGGUCAAGACCAAUGACCGGGGUCAAAUGUUGCCCGAAGAUUUGGAGCUAAAAAUCUUGGAAGCUAAGGCCCAUGGCAAGGUGCCACUUUUUGUCAACGCCACAGCGGGCACGACGGUGCUGGGAGCGUUUGAUGAUUUCAAUCGGAUAGCUGAUGUCUGCCAGAGGCAUGAACUGUGGAUGCAUGUUGAUGCCUGCUUGGGUGGCUCCGCCUUGCUGUCCUACAAAAAUCGCCACCUCCUAAAGGGUUUGGAAAAAUCCGACUCCUUCUCGUGGAACCCACACAAAUCUCUCGGCGCUCCUUUGCAAUGUGCCCUCUUCCUGACACGCCACGCUGAGCUAUUGCCCCAGGCGAAUAGUACCGCCGUUCAUUAUCUCUUCCAACAGGAUAAAUUCUAUGAUGUCUCCUAUGAUACGGGCAAUAAGAGUAUUCAAUGUGGCCGUAAAAUUGAUGCCUUUAAAUUUUGGAUAAUGCUCAAGGCUCGAGGUUAUGGUAGCUUUGGUCGCCUCGUCGAUCAUGCUUUGGAUAUGUCGAAAUUAUUUAUGGAAAAAAUGAAGAGACGUCAGGGGUAUCGUUUGGUCAUGGAGGAUUAUCAAUAUACGAAUGUGUGUUUCUGGUAUGUGCCGCAGAGUAUGCGCAAUCAAAAGGAGGAUGAGAAGUGGUGGCAGAAGUUGUAUGAGGUGGCGCCCAAGGUAAAGGAGUUCAUGAUACGCCAAGGCACCCUCAUGAUGGGCUAUUCCCCGCUGCAGUAUCGCAAUAUUGGCAACUUUUUCCGCAUGGUCUUCACCUGUUUCCCGGUGAUGCAGGAGGCGGAAUUGGAUUUCAUUUUGGAUGAAAUUGAGCGAUUGGCCGACAGCUGCUAGUUCUUAAGGGCAGGAGACUUCAAAAAAGUGAAGUGAAAAUUUCAAAUAUUAUCUGCCAAAUGUUCGUAGUUCGUAGGCUAGUCAUAGGUUUAGUUGUGUAGGCAAAUGACAUGUAUUAUUUUUUUUCGGUCAAUAUAAAAUAUUUCUAAUCGGUA